AGUAACUAGGAGCGCCACGCUCCCACGCCGCUGUCACCACCACCAUCACCACCACCAUCAUCAUCAUCACCACCAUCACCUCCAUCAUCACCACCACCAUCAUCAUCACCAUCAUCACCACCAUCAUUCUCGUCAGGACCUUGUUCGCUCCACCGCUGGAUAAAGACGCCUCUCCCUCCACGCCGCCGCCGUCUCUCACGACCCCUGCGAUGGUCUUCAUCUCAGCCCGACCCCUCGCUGCCCACAGUGCCCAGCCACACGAGAUGUGAUGGCAUCGUCCGCUACAUCUCUCCUCGAAGAUGCUGACCGCACGAUCGCUCGUCACGAUGGAGAAGCGCCCGAGACAAAGUUUAUCGGGCCCUGAGUUGGGGCCCACGCGCAGCCUGCCCGUGGCGGCGCCCGGGCCGAGACUGCUGCCGGCCGACGACGGCGAUGGCAUUGCCGGCGACGGUGACGACGGUGACGACGGUGGCCAUGCGUUUGGCCGCGAUGUUGACGGCGCCCGGUACAGCGGGCAGACCCUGCGCGGGCUGAGGCACGGACGAGGCAGGCUCGCGUGGCGAGAUGGGCAGUUGUACGUGGGCGAGUUUUUCCGCGACCGCUGCCAUGGGCUGGGCGAGCACCUGUGGCCUGAUGGGUCGCAGUUCCUCGGGCGCUUCUACCUCGGCAGGAGGGAGGGCUACGGCUCGUUCACGUUCCCGGACGGGAGCACUUUCCAGGGUUUGUACGCGAGCGACCGGCGUUUUGGACCAGGCGUUCGGAGUUACGGGGACGGGCGUCAGGACGUGGGGAUCUGGCUGGGGGAGAGGCUCAUCAAGCUGUGCGUUCACCUGGCGAACAUCGCUCCCGCGAUCUGGCCCCCGGAGGAAGUGACAUCACCAGCGGGCGCCAACACGCGGGAAGUGACAUCGCACGCGGCCAAACGGGAAGUGGGCCAGGCCGGGGACGUGCCACCGAACGCCGAAAUCUCCAACACACAACCGCUCUGGGACGAUGCAGGCGUCGGCAGGCCGGGCGCGCGAGAGGCGUCGUCGCCGCCGCGCGGCGCCGACGCAUCCGGAGGGAUGGCCUCCGCGACCGUCGCUGUCUGCAGAAGAGAGCUUCGUAGCUUGCCGGAUCUCUCCGGGGUGGACGAAGAUUCGGACGAUUCCUACGACUCCGCGGACGCGUCAACCGCGGGCCGCCCAACGGCGGACGACGGGGCCCGGCGCGACGACGGGGCCCGGCGCGAUGAUCGCCGCCGCGGGGACGGGGGAGUGGCACGCUCGGCGGGCACCGUGCGGAGCGGCGGCGGUGAUGGGUUCGACGAAGCGCUGAUGAAGCAGGUGCAGAGCGAACCGCUGGGCUACCGCUUCCAGGAGCUGGCGCUGCACGACGGCGUGGUGCUGCCGCCCGGCAUGGAGCGCUACUCCACCGACGCGCAGCACCUGCCGCUCACCGCCAGCUACCUCGCCGCGUGUGACGCGCCGUUCUUCAAAGCUCGGGAGGCGGCCGGGCUCCACGCGGGCAGCUGCUGGCGGGACCGCCACCUCCCGGUCCGGGCGUGGCUGAGGACGCACGCACGGGCACACGGGGAGGAGCGCUGCGCGCUCGAUUGCCGUGCGCGCGACAUCUUGGAGGGCCGCCGCGUGGGGUUCGGCCCACGGGGCCCCCUGGAGGAGGCCUCGGAGCGCCUGCUGGCGGCGGCCGCCAGGGGCGACGGCGUCCGAGCCCUCGGCCCGCCGCUCACCCACCCCGACGUCGCGGACGCACGCGGCCGCACCGCGCUGCACGCCGCUGCGGUGAAUUGCCAGGAAGACACAAUUCACCUGCUGCUGGACUGGGGCGCCGAUGUGAACGCGUUGACGGACGAUGGAAUUUCUCCUCUGCUCGCUUGCCUCAUGCUGUACUAUGCACAGGAGCCACCGGCCCAGGGAGCAAUCGGCGGUCGCCCGGAGACGCCGGAGGCCGAAGGUGCCGCGGUGUCUCGGUGGGACGGGACCCCCCCAACCGAGAGCGGCCGCCGGUGGCACCCCACCCGGGUAUCCCCGUCGGACAGCGGCGUCGACGUGAGGGACCGCGCGUCGGCGUUGUGCGAGGAGCCGCCACGACGUGGCCGCAGCGGCCGCUGCCAUCGGCCAACUGCUGCGUCGCGCGGGCCAGGCAAGGCCACGGCGAUGGCCCCGUCGGCGGAGGGACGACCGCUUGACCCCGAGCGCUCGGGAUGGACCGGUCGCGGGCCCUCGGGCGCACGCAGCGAGGAGGAGGAGGAGGAGGGACGUUCUACGAGCUCCGAGUUCCGCUCCACCGCUACGCUGCGCGCGUUCGCCAUCGCCGUCUCCGACAAGGAACUGGAGCUGAGUGCCGAGGCCCUGAGCAGGCUCCGCCGUGACGAGGGGGCGGCUCGUGACGGCGACGGCGAAAACGGCGGCGGCGGCGGUGGGCGCGGUGGUGAGAAUCGCGGCGGUGGCGGCGGCUGCUGCAGCGAUGGAGGAGGAGCAGACGAGGAGGAGGAGGAGGGCGAAGGAAGGGCAAGGAAGCUGGCCACCCUCAAACACAAGCGGCGCCGCCUCUGGGCCACGGCGCUGCUGCUGCUGGAGCGCGGCGCCGACCCCGGCGCGGGCGGCGGGGACCGCGCGCCGUGCCUCCUGCUAGCGGUGAGCGCCGGGGACGCCCGCGCCCUGCGCCUGCUGCUGGAGCGUGGGGCGCCGCCUGACCAGCGCCUGCCACCCGAGAUGGGAGGUGUCCCCGCCCUGCUGGUGGCCGCUGGCACGCCGGGGCCGCGCGGGGUCAAGAUGGUCUCUCUGCUGCUGCACGCGGCGGCCGACCCGGACGUGCGUGCGCCCCACACGGAGGCCUCCUUCUUCCCUCCCGACCAGGGUGCGGACCACGCGGUGUGUGGCAUGGCGAGGAGCGACGCUGCCCAGGCAGGGGUCCCUGCCCAGCUCCACGGCCGCCCCCAGCAGCCCGCUGCAGCGGGGGGACUCACAGCCCUGCACGUGGCUUGCCAGCGCUCCGACAACCCGCAGUGCGUGCAGGCCGUGGUGCGCCUGCUGCUGCGUCACGGCGCCAGCGUGGACCCGCUGUGGGCCGGCCACUCGCCGCUGUCCCUGGCGGUCGCCUGCGGGAACCUCCCGGCGGUGGAGGAGCUGCUGAGCGCCGGCGCCGACCCGGACCUCGCGCUGCCGCGCGGCGUCGGCAACGCGCUCUGCGCCGCCGCCAACCCCGGCUACUCCCACGGGGGCCUCGAGGCGGCGUCGCUCCUCGCGCUCAUCGACCGGCUCAUCGCGGCCGGCGCCAGCGUCCUGUCGCCCGUCCGCGUGCGCGAUGGCGCCAGGCUGGCGGUCGGCACCGUCGUCGACUUCGCCUUCAUGCACUUCAACCAGGACCGGCGCGUCGCCCACGCCCCGUACCACGCGCUCUCCCCGAGCGAGCGGGCGGCGUUCACCGCGCGCCGCGCCGUGCUCGCCCACCUGGGCGCCGCUCUGCGCCGCGCCGCCGUCGCCCGCCAGCGCCGGCGCCUCGAGGCCUUGGCGGAGCGAGGGGUCGUCACGGUGGGGCCCAGCAAGAGCUUCGUCUACACCGGCGCGGGCGCGACCGUCCCCACGGCCUCCGGGCCGUCCCCUGGCUCGGCACGGCGCUCCUCCUCGCCGCACUCCCCACGGAGACGAGAAACCCGCGCGGGCGCGGGCACCAAAGAGAGGAGCGCGGCGGCGAAUGAAGAGAAAAUCGUGAGGCGCUUCCUGCUGCGGUUCUGCUACGGCUGCGGCCGCGCCGUGGGCGUGCGCCUGUCCCCGUGCUCGCGCUGCCGCGAGGUCCUCUACUGCAGCCGCGCGUGCACCGUGGCCGCGUGGGCCGGCUGGCACCGCCACGAGUGCAUCCGCGUGCCAGGUCAACGCAGGCAGCAGCGCAAGGGCAAAGCCGACGCGGCGCUCGACGUAAAGACCGCAAAGCAGCAGCCCGCACCCGUGCUGCCUUCGUGCUCGGAAAACUACAGCUUCAACUAACACCAGGAAUGGCCAACGGUCCGGAAGGGAGCUGGCUCUGCCCGGCGGAUGCUGCCACGGCCCCCCGGCUGUCUGCCCCCGUCUCCUCCUCGUCUCUCGUGCUGCCAAGACGAUCGCGGCCAACGCCGCGGCCACGACCAUCGGCCACGACCAUCGGCCACCUUCAUUCGCAUUUUGACAACGGCCGCUCUCGUCGGCCCGUCGCCUGCUCGUCUCUCCGCUAACGCGAUGGCCGUGGCCGUUGAGUGGGUGUGUGGCCGUUGAGUGGGUGUGUGGCCGUUGCUACAGCCGCUCCCUUCCCUCCAAUGUUGCCGUCUCCUGGCCAAGCUGCAGGCAAAAUUGUUCCCCCUCCCUCCCCCACCAUCCCUCCCUCCUCCUCCCUCCCUCCCUUCUCCCUCUUCCUCCCUCCCUCCUCCUC